AUGGAUGCCAACAGUGCAGGCAGUGUGCAAUAUGAUCGCUGGAAUGAGGACAACAUCAACAUGAACGUGGAGGCAUCGCAGACCACCACAAUGAGGCUCUACAACAGAAUGUGUACAGGCAACACAGGCAUUGCAGUGAAGACAGCUGGAGCUUUGGCUGUACUGGUGUCUAUCUAUUUGAUAGGAUAUGUGACAGGGUACUACAUCCACAGCUGCUGA